AUGUUAGAAUUGAUUAGUAAGAAAGUUGAAGGUCGUUUCCCAUUGAACAUUGAAUCGGUUUCGCAUUUGUGGGGUUUUAAUGACACUGAUCAUGAGGAUGACGACAAUGAAGUGGAUGUCAUUGUCCAGUCGUCAGUCAUCCGAACAGAUGACACUGACAACAAUCCAUUAACUAGUUGUCAUCAGACAAACGAAGAUUUACACAAUCCUUAUCACCAUGACAACUAUAAAUCGUAA